AUGACAUCCUACUUCUCACGGCUAAGUCCAAUUCCAGGAUUUCCAGAAUAUACUGGGCCUCAUAAAGUAGGAACAAUUGAUGUCGAAAUCCCUAUCUCAGAACUCGACUCUCCAGCCCAAACACCGAACAAUGCAGGAAAUAUUCCAACAAUUCAAUAUCGAAUCUUUUACCCAUGCCAAACGGAAACAAAACAUAAGGCAAAGAGUGUGAAUUGGAUACCCGCCCCUCAAAGAGAUUAUAUAAGUGCAUAUUCGAGGUUUUUGGGAGCUGGCAGUACAUUGGCAGAGGUUAUCUCAUAUUUUCCAAGAUUACUUCAUUAUGUUACGAUUCCAGUUCGCAAAAAUGCGCCUCUUCUACAACCAAAGACAAGCAAUGAUCGUUGGCCCGUCAUGAUAUUUUCGCACGGGUUGGGUGGUUCAAGAAAUGCGUAUUCACACAUUGUAGGAUCAGUGGCAAGCCAUGGGAUGAUAGUUAUUGCACCAGAACAUCGUGAUGGGUCGACCCCUAUAUCCUACAUUCGAGAACCACCAUCCGAUUCUUCGACGGAUAAAGAAAAACAUUCAAAGAAACAAGUCAAGAAAACGAUCGACUAUGUCAAAUUGUCGCAUACACCGAGUCCUGAAGUUGAGGAGGGACGAAAUGAACAAUUGAAGAUUCGACUCUGGGAGAUGGGGUUGAUUCAUGACAGUUUACUGAAAUUGGAUGAGGGAAAGCAAAUUACGAACCUCAAUACAUCUUCGUCUUCGUUGUCAAUAUUCAAAGAUAAAAUGAAUGUUCAUGAACCUGGGAAGAUCACUUUCGCAGGUCAUUCUUUUGGGGCAGCAACAGUGGUUCAGUUCAUCAAAUCAGUCUUCUAUGCCCCUGAAGCAUCUUCCGCUCCAAAAUCUUACAAACCUGUUUAUUCACCAUCUCCAAAUUCUCCCAUAUGCUCUCAAAUCACACCGAACAAUCCAGUCGUACUUCUAGAUUGUUGGUGUUUCCCACUUCGCUCCCAAGCGACUCGCUGGUUAUGGGAUCGUCCUCUUCCGUCAUACGCUCCCUCUGGGCCUGGUGGUUCCGCAAUCCUCGCCGUCGAAUCCCAAGCCUUCUACAAAUGGACUGAACAUUUUAACGCUACUAAACGACUUCUUUCUGCCGACCCAUCCUCUCAUAAUCCAUCCAGUGAUGGACAAUCAGAACCACAUUUCUAUUAUCCUACUUCGAGUGCUCAUCUGAGUCAAUCAGAUUUCGGCGUCCUUUUCCCAUGGGUUACGAAGAAAGUAUUUGCGGCAGAGGAACCAGAGAGGAUCAUGAAAUUAAAUGUUAGAGCGAUUAUGCAACUGCUUAGGGAAAGAGGGGUAGAAGUGGGGAAAACUUGUAAAGAAGAUUUGGAAUUAGAAAGUGGAGAAGAGGAAACAGACAAUGAUUUGAAGAUCUUUGGAAAAGAUGGGGGAGUCAGAGGGUGGAAUUGGUUGAGUGUUUAUGAUAAUGCGGGGACAGGAAAGCUGGAUGAGGGGGAGGAAUCGGAAGUCACGGAUAAAAAAUUGGACGGAAAACAAGUCGAAAUUGGAAAGGAAGAGGGAAAUGGUGAGAAAAGUAUUGAUGUAGAACCCGCGGAUGUGGUUAUGACAAAUGAGGUUGUGGCGGGCACGGAGUCAAAAAUAUGA